AGCCGCGGCCGCGCCAUGGUGGACCCGGUGGGCUUCGCCGAGGCAUGGAAGGCGCAGUUCCCGGACUCGGAGCCGCCGCGCAUGGAGCUGCGCUCGGUGGGCGACAUCGAACAGGAGCUGGAGCGCUGCAAGGCCUCCAUCCGGCGCCUGGAACAGGAGGUGAACCAGGAGCGCUUCCGCAUGAUCUACCUGCAGACGCUGCUGGCCAAGGAAAAGAAGAGCUACGACCGGCAGCGCUGGGGCUUCCGGCGCGCCGCACAGCCCCCCGACGGCGCGGCCGAGCCCCGCGCGCCGCGCGCGCACCCCGCGCCCGCCGAGGGCGCCGACCCGCCGGUCGCCGACGAACCCGAGGCCCGGCCCGAAGGGGAGGGCUCCCCGGGCAAGGCCAGGCCCGCGGCCGCUCGCAGGCCCGGGCCCGCGGCCGCCACCGAGCGAGACGAACGCGGGCCCCCCACCAGCGUGGCGGCGCUGCGCUCCAACUUCGAGAGGAUCCGCAAGGGCCCCGGUCAGCCCGCGGCGGCGGCGGACACCGAGAAGCCCUUCUACGUGAACGUCGAGUUCCACCACGAGCGUGGCCUGGUGAAGGUCAACGACAAAGACGUGUCGGACCGCAUCAGCUCCCUGGGCAGCCAGGCCAUGCAGAUGGAGCGCAAGAAGUCACAGCAGCAGGGCGCCGGGUCGGGCCCCGCGGACACCCCCAGGCCCUCGUAUCGUGGGCGCGCCUCCGAGGGCAGCGGCUGCGGCGGCCUCGACGGUGACUAUGAGGACGUCGAGCUGAACCCGCGCUUCCUGAAGGACAACCUGAUCAACGCCAACGGCAGCGGCAGGCCCCCGUGGCCGCCCCUGGAGUACCAGCCCUACCAGAGCAUCUACGUCGGGGGCAUGAUGGUGGAAGGGGAGGCCAAGGGCGCGCUGCAGCGCAGCCAGAGCACCUCGGAGCAGGAGAAGCGUCUUACCUGGCCGCGGAGGUCCUACUCCCCGCGGAGCUUUGAGGACAGUGGAGGCGGCUACACGCCGGACUGCAGCUCCAAUGAGAACCUCACGUCCAGCGAGGAGGACUUCUCCUCUGGCCAGUCCAGCCGCGUGUCCCCGAGCCCCACCACCUACCGGCCGUUCCGGGACAAGAGCCGUUCGCCCUCGCAAAACUCCCAGCAGUCCUUUGACAGCAGCAGUCCCCCGACGCCCCAGUGCCAGAAGCGGCACCGCCAGGGCGCCGUCGUCGUGUCCGAGGCCACCAUCGUGGGCGUCCGCAAGACUGGGCAGAUCUGGCCUAGCGAUGGGGACAGCUUGUCCGGCAAGCUGCCUCAGGACGGCACCUUCCACGCAGACGCAGAUGCGUUGUUCGGGACACCGCCGGGGUUCGGCUGUGCCGCGGACCGGGCGGAGGAGCCGCGCCGGCCCCAGGACGGGCUGCCCUACAUCGACGACUCGCCCGCCUCCUCGCCUCACCUCGGCAGCAAGGCCCGGGGCGGCCGGGACGCGGCGGAGCCCAGCAGAGCGGGUGAGCUGGACCUGGAAAAGGGCUCAGAGAUGAGAAAGUGGGUCCUGUCUGGCAUCCUGGCUAGCGAGGAGACUUACCUGAGCCAUCUGGAGGCACUGCUGCUGCCCAUGAAACCUUUGAAGGCGGCCGCCACCACCUCCCAGCCGGUGCUGACGAGCCAGCAGAUCGAGACCAUCUUCUUCAAAGUGCCUGAGCUCUACGAGAUCCACAAGGACUUCUACGACGGGCUCCUGCCCCGCGUGCAGCAGUGGGGCCACCAGCAGCGCGUGGGCGACCUCUUCCAGAAGCUGGCCAGCCAGCUGGGUGUGUACCGGGCCUUCGUGGACAACUAUGAAGUUGCCAUGGAAACAGCCGAGAAGUGCUGUCAGGCCAACGCUCAGUUUGCAGAAAUCUCUGAGAACCUGCGAGCCAGGAGCAACAAGGAGGCCAAGGACCAGACAACCAAGAACUCUCUGGAAACCCUGCUCUACAAGCCCGUGGACCGGGUCACCCGGAGCACGCUGGUCCUGCACGACUUGCUGAAGCACACGCCCCCCAGCCACCCUGACCACCCGCUGCUGCAGGACGCGCUCCGCAUCUCGCAGAACUUCCUGUCCAGCAUCAAUGAGGAGAUCACGCCCCGCCGGCAGUCCAUGACCGUGAAGAAGGGCGAGCACCGGCAGCUGCUCAAGGACAGCUUCAUGGUGGAGCUGGUGGAGGGGGCCCGCAAGCUGCGGCACGUCUUCCUCUUCACCGACCUGCUGCUCUGCACCAAGCUCAAGAAGCAGAGCGGGGGCAAAACCCAGCAGUAUGACUGCAAGUGGUACAUCCCGCUCACGGACCUCAGCUUCCAGAUGGUGGACGAGUCGGAGGCCGCGCCCAGCAUCCCCCUGGUGCUGGACGAGGAGCUGGAUGCCAUGAAGAUCAAGAUCUCCCAGAUCAAGAGCGACAUCCAGAGAGAGAAGAGAGCGAACAAGGGCAGCAAGGCCAUCGAGAGGCUGAGGAAGAAGCUCUCAGAGCAGGAGUCGCUGUUGCUCCUCAUGUCCCCGAAUAUGGCCUUCCGCGUACACAGCCGCCACGGGAAGAGUUACACGUUCCUGAUCUCCUCCGACUACGAGAGGGCCGAGUGGAGAGAGAACAUCCGGGAGCAGCAGAAGAAGUGUUUCAAGAGCUUCUCACUGACAUCCGUGGAGCUGCAGAUGCUGACGAACUCGUGUGUCAAACUCCAGACCGUCCACAGCAUCCCGCUGACCAUCAACAAGGAAGAUGACGAAUCUCCUGGGCUCUAUGGGUUCCUGAAUGUCAUCGUCCACUCUGCCACCGGCUUUAAGCAGAGUUCAAGUCUGUACUGCACCCUGGAGGUGGAUUCCUUCGGCUACUUUGUAAAUAAAGCCAAGACGCGCGUCUACAGGGACACGGCCGAGCCCAACUGGAACGAGGAGUUUGAGAUCGAGCUGGAGGGCUCGCAGACCCUGAGGAUCCUGUGCUACGAGAAGUGCUACCACAAGACCAGGCUCGCCAAGGAGGACGGCGGGGAGAGCGCAGACCGGAUCGUGGGCAAGGGCCAGGUGCAGCUGGACCCCCAGACCCUGCAGGACAGAGACUGGCAGCGGACGGUCAUCGCCAUGAACGGGAUUGAAGUGAAGCUGUCAAUCAAGUUCACCAGCAGGGAGUUCAGCUUGAAGAGGAUGCCUUCCCGAAAACAGACGGGCGUCUUCGGAGUCAAGAUCGCCGUGGUCACCAAGAGGGAGCGGUCCAAGGUGCCGUACAUCGUGCGCCAGUGCGUCGAGGAGAUCGAGCGCCGGGGCAUGGAGGAGGUGGGCAUCUACCGCGUGUCCGGAGUGGCCACGGACAUCCAGGCCCUGAAGGCGGCCUUUGACGUCAACAACAAAGAUGUGUCGGUGAUGAUGAGCGAGAUGGAUGUGAACGCCAUCGCUGGGACGCUGAAGCUCUACUUCCGCGAGCUGCCGGAGCCCCUCUUCACCGACGAGUUCUACCCCAACUUCGCUGAAGGCAUCGCGCUCUCAGACCCCGUGGCGAAGGAGAGCUGCAUGCUAAACCUGCUGCUGUCGCUCCCGGAGGCCAACCUGCUCACCUUCCUCUUCCUCCUGGACCACCUGAAAAGGGUGGCGGAAAAGGAGACGGUGAAUAAAAUGUCCCUGCACAACCUCGCCACGGUGUUUGGCCCCACGCUGCUCCGGCCCUCGGAGAAGGAGAACAAGCUGCCCGCCAACCCCAGCCAGGCCAUCUCCAUGACCGACAGCUGGUCCCUGGAGGUCAUGUCCCAGGUCCAGGUGCUGCUGUACUUCCUGCAGCUGGAGGCCAUCCCCGCCCCGGACAGCAGGAGACAGAGCGUCCUCUUCUCCACCGAAGUCUAGAGGCCCCGGCCCGCCCCGAGAGAGCAGAGGAUGGCCCAGGGCCCUGCCAGGGACACGGGCCAUCCAGCCACAGAGCGGGAGCUGAGCCUCCUGGAGGAGUCACAGGGCCCCCCCACCCCAGGCCCAUGCUGCUGCCAAGAGACAAGCGACCUCUGGCAGAAGCGGCCGGGGCAGUCCCGGCCCCCCUGCCCUCGCGGGCCCUAGGCUGGCCUCAAACUGUGUCCACGCCACCACCAGAGGGCGCCCCGAGCCAGCGCGUCGCCCGUCGUGGGCCUGGGCGGGACCAGGCGAAGGGAGUGUUUUUUGCGAAAUGUAACUUAAGAGAGUUGAAAGAUUUCCACUGGAUCACCUGUCGAGAUGAGAUGGCGCAUCUCGGGGGAGGAGGGAGCAGGCAGGAGCGGACUCCCUGACUCUUGAGUCGUCGUCCUGAAUAAAUACCGCUGCCGCUUCAUGCCCGCGGUGGGGGGGCGGGGGGCCAGGCCCCGUCCGGUGCGGGUGGGAGCGUGUCGAUUUCCCAGAUCAGAACGCUCCAGUCCUGCUUUGUAACCAGGCUGGAGGAGCCGAGUCUACACCGUGUGGCGCCUGACCCCGUUCACCUCCUGGCUUCUGUUUCUCUGCAGAAGGCUCUGCGGCCGGCACGGGCCUUCCUCCUGCCCUCCUCCGUUGCUUUGUCUCCGCCCAUCUCGCGCGCAUCGCGUGGGCAGCCGCCCGCUGACCUGUGUCACGUGCAGGGCCGGGACACCAGGGGAGGGGGCCCGGGGCUGCGCACUUGACCACGGCUCAUCAGGGGAGGGCGAACCCGCCCACCGUCCAGAAGCACGCUCGCCUCGUCGGCUCAGAAGGCCGGCCUCCUCCGACCCGGGGCGUCUGCCCGCUGCCCUCCCGUCCGCUUAGUCACGCCCCGCCCCCCGACACCCAGAUCGGCUGCGCCCCCUCGCCGCACGCGCCCCACAGACUCUUGUAAAGGUUUUCUUCUCUUGGUGGCGGCGGCAGCUUGCCGACAGCUUGUUUUAAACUUUGAUCCGAAUAGCUUUUUGAUACUUGAAUAUUUUUAAGUUUUAUACAUAGUCUCUAAUUUUUUUUGUUUCCUAACAAGAUUCAGACACCCACUAAGAUGUUAGAAUGUACUCUGUGGACAAGCGGUGUCCACAGCGCCAUCUCGUCUUCCUCCACGCGCCAGCCCUCUUUCCAUCGGGAGCUGUUCCGGAAGUCUCCUGGGCACCCGGAAUUGGGGGGGAGGUUGGGAACAGGCCCAGGGUGGGGGCGCCCACCCCGGAGCAGCUGGAGGGACCGACCCCCCCUGCGCACACACUCCACGCCCCUGGGCUGAAGCCAGGACGUGGCUGGUUACCCUGCCGACCGUCUGACUUAGAGGAGACAGAACCGGGGACACCUCUAGGUAUUUUGAAGACGCGCAUCUGUGAAGAAUCGUUUGGCUUCUGUCUAAGAAGGGGCGGGGGCAAGGAGAAAAGAAACAGGCAAAGCUUCCAGGCUGGACUUGCGGGAAGUGAGGAUGUCGCUGAACCAGAGGAGGGAAGCGGAGGCAAGACUCAGGAAAAGGCGUUCGUUUGUCACGCGAUUAGACCGGUCACGCGGGGCACUGCUCGGCCCGUCCCGUGUCCCCGGCGGGGCGGGAGGCUCUCCCCCGUGGUGUGGACGGGCAGGAGCUCCAGGCACGUGGGGGUCACGUGCCCCUCCCUCUCCUGUCUGCUGGCGGACCUGCUGACACGGGGGACGGAAAAAGAAGCCACUCGAAGGUCUUGGGUCCUCAUACUGUAUUUAUUUAGUUGUACUUUGGUCUCGUGGGGAGAGCUGUGGUCCCCCUGGCAGAUGAGGGUGUAGCAGAUGGCGGGGGGCAGGGGUGUCCUCUGUCCCCGAAUGUUCUCUGGACUUGGUGGGUCUCCCGGCCUCUGGCCCCUGACCUUUUUUAGCCUGGCUUCCCAUCCUGUCCAGCCCUGGGGGGAAUGUGCUCUGCCUGGAAAGCCCUGGCCUGGUUUCUGUUCCCUGGAGCCUUCAUGAUCUGCGUCCACCAUGAUGAAACUGGAAAGCUGUCUCUCAGCGUCUGUGCCAAUCCUGGUCCCCUGCGGCACCUCCUUCCCCUCUGCAAGCUCUUUCUUGACGUAGGAUGCGUGCUGCCAAGUGGCGGGAUGACUGCUCGCUCUUCCCACUGUGGCGGCAGUUGCUAUGGGUCCCCAGGCAUCCCCGUUGCUCGUCUGACACUCUGGCACUGACAGGCGGCGAAGCUGGCGGGUGGGUGACUGGCUAGGGGCCAGACGUGACCUUCCUCAAGGCUCAGCGGCCGGAUGCCGCCUUGCCGCCUGGGGCCCUGCAUCUGGAGCCCAAGCCUGGCCACACGCUGGGGUUGGCGGUGGGUCUCCGGGCAGCCGCGUGUCUGAGUUCCAGCUCAGCCAUUUCUCCUGCUGCGGUGUGGGGGAAAGACUGCUGACACUUUCAUUAAAGUUCCUUGAGACGA